AUGAAGUAUAAUACGAGAGAACCAGUGCCUCUGGAGAUUAGAACAUUUAUAGAUGGCGUAAUUGCUACCCCUCUCGAAAAUAUAGAGGAGCCCCUAAAAUGUUUUGUUUGGAACUUUGAGAAGGGAGACUUUCAUCAUUGGGUUGAACUGUUCAACUGCUUUGAUAAAUAUUUUGAGAAACACAUAAAGUCAAGGAAAGAUUUGCUACUUCAGGAUGAUUUUUUAGAGCAUGAUCCGCCGUUCCCCCAAGAGGCUGUUCUUCAUAUUCUGCGUGUUAUCAGGAUAAUUCUUGACAACUGUGCCAAUAAACACUUCUAUGGUGUUUUUGAGCAUCAUCUCUCUUCUCUGCUUGCUUCGACUGAUGCGGAUGUGGUUGAAGCCUGUCUGCAAACUUGUGUAGCAUUCUUAAAAAAUUCAAUUGAAAAGCAUGCUAUAAGAGAUGCCUCUUUGAGAUCAAAGCUAUUUGCCUUUGCACAAGGCUGGGGUGGAAAAGAGGAAGGACUAGGAUUGGUUGCAUGUGCCUUAGAAAAUGUAUUUAACCCAAUUACUCAGAGUCAGGAAUUGGGUAGUACCCUAUAUUUUGAGUUCUAUGUAGAUAAUGAGUCUUCAAAGGGCUUACGGAUUAUCCAUUUGCCCCAACUUAACACUUACCAAAUAUCUGAUCGUGAACUUAUGCAGCAGUUAGUUAACGAAUAUAAAGUACCCGCUAAAUUUAGGUUUGCUCUUUUAACAAGAUUGCGUUUUGCACGAGCAUUUGGCUCGUUUGCUGCACGGGAAAAAUACAUGUGUAUUUGGCUGCUUGCAUUUCGGGUUUUUGUUCAAGCAUGUGGUGAUGAUGAUGGUUUGGUAGCUUUUUUCAACACCGAGCCUGGGUUUAUCAACGAACUGGUCAAACUUUUGACUUUUGAAGAUACGGUUCAUGAAGAAGUUCGAAUUCUAUGUCUUUCAUCAUUGGCUGCUCUUUGCCAAGAUCAGUUACGCCAGCCGACAGUGUUGUCGACUGUAACAGCUGGUGUACAUCAGGGCAUCCUAUCCAGCCUUACACAGAAGGCUAUUGAUGCUGUAGCUAGUAAAUUAUCUAGUUUGUCGGUGGCUUAUACCGAGGCUCUAAUUUCAUUGAUUACCAUAUUAGCCUCGAGUACUUCAGGCUGUUCUGCCAUGCGUGAAUCAGUGUUUAUACCGAUUCUUUUGCCACUUUUAAAAGAUACCGAUCCUCAACAUUUGCAUCUGGUCACCAGCGCUGUACAUUGUUUGGAAGCAUUUAUGAAUUACAGCAAACCGGCUGCUACUUUAUUCCGGGACUUGGGAGGGUUAAAUAAUACAAUAUACCGACUGAAAGAAGAAGUUUCUCAUGUUGAAAAUGGCACUUAUGUUAAUACAGAUAACAUGCAGCCUCUUUAUUCUGAUGCCCGGCGGUCUCUAAUGAAAGCUCUAUUACGUGCUAUAUCACUUGGAACAGCUACUCCCGGGACCACAUCUCAUCUAUAUCUUUCCGAUGAAAGUUUGUUACCAUAUUGCUUGUGUGCAAUUUUUAAAAAAGCCACAGCUUUUGGGGGUAGUGUCUUUUCACUUGUAUCAACUGUUAUGAGCAAUCGCAUUCACAAGGAACCUACAUGUUUUCCAACCUUAGAAGCAGCAGGGAUUCCAUCUGCAUUUUUAGCUGCUAUAGAUGAUGGUGUACCUUGCUCCUCUGAUGCCAUAACAUGCAUACCUCAAUGCUUAGAUGCAUUGUGCUUGAAUAAUAGUGGUCUCCAGGCUGUGGAAAAUCAUAAUUCUUUGCGAUGUCUUGUGAAAAUCUUUACAACGGGAAAUUAUGUAGAUGUCCUCACCGGUGAUGCUCUGAAUGCUAUGUCUACUGCUCUUGAUGAACUAGUAAGACAUGCUCCUUCUCUUCGUGGACAUGCGGUGGAUGCACUGAUCGAGAUUCUAAACACAAUUGAAAAGCUUGGUUCUGGUCCUAAAAUUGAAUCUGCUUCCAUGGAAACCGAUGCAGAAGAUAAAAAUCUUGUUAGUACGUCAUUACUGAAUGUUGAACAGUAUCUUCCCUUUUUUGUUAACCAUGCAGCUUGUUUGCUCGAAAGUAUGCUUAAGAGGUCUGAGACUUGUCGUUUGUUUAUCGAAAAGAAAGGAGUAGAUGAUGUUUUGAAGUUACUUACAUUGCCAUUGAUGCCUUUAUCUGUAUCUAUUGGACAAAGCAUCGCUGUUGCAUUCAAGAACUUUUCUGUAAAUUAUUCUAGAUCACUCGCUCGAUCAUUAUGUAAUUUUAUGAAGGAGCAUUUGAAAUCAACGAAUAAAUUAUUGGUAUCGCUUGGAGGUAUGCAGCUUUCUAAGGUUGAAGAUGAUAAGAGGUUAAAGGUGAUGAGGUGCCUUUCCAGUCUCGAAGGGAUCUUAUUGCUCUCGAUUUCUAUAACAAAGAGAAAUACUUUUUUGGUGUCUGAAUUGGGUAAUUCUGAUGGCGAAUUCUUUAGUGACCUUGGAGUUACUUUUAAGGAAUUACUUUGGCAACAAUCUAUGUGUUGUGACUUGAAGAUCGACGAGAAGCAGAAUGCUGAUGUGGAGCGUGCUGAAUAUGGUGAUGUUGAUGAUAUCACCACCCCGGGGCAGAGAAUUCCUGUUCCUGUUCGUAAUUUAGAGAGUGAAUUCCUUGUCCAACGCGGUGAAGUUUUCAGUCAACCCACUCAGCAAGCAUUAGUGGGUAGAAGAGUUGGAAGUACCAGGGGGCAUCUUGAACCUUCACGCAUUGAUUCCAAUUUUCUGAUUCAUUACACUGAGUCGACUUCCUCCAAAAUUCUCAAGAAGAAAACCCUGGAAAUUAUUGCAAUGGAUAUCCUUAACAAACUUGCUUCUACAUUGCACUCUUUUUUUAGUACUCUAGUAAAAGAAUUUACUUCAUCAUCUAACCGUCAAACGGCUGAAACAACAUCUAAGGAUAUUGGAACUGCUCUGGCAAAACUAUUUAUCCAGGCACUUAGUUUUUCAGGAAAUACUACUAAUGCUGAUCUUGAUAUAUUGACAUUGAAGUGUCGGUAUCUUGGAAAAGUUGUGGACCACAUAGGGAGAGUAACGUUUAAUAAUAGCCAGAGUACUUGUUAUACAGUGAUGGUAAAUAGUUUUUAUGCUCAAGGGGCGUUUAAGGAGUUGCUUAAUACUUUUGAAGCCACAAGUCAAUUGCUAUGGACAUUGUCACAUUCUGGUUCGAUGUCUGGCUUCAAGUCAUGCUUACUUAACACGUUAGACAGCUACUGUAAUGUUCUAGAGUUUUAUGUUAACUCUAGCUUUCUUUUACCUCCAGCCUUCACAUCUCAUUCUCAUUUAGUCAUACAGCCGGUUUCAGUUGGAUUGUCAAUUGGGUUAUUCCCUGUUCCUAAAGACCCAAAAGAGUUUGUUCGUAUGCUGCAGUCUCAGGUUCUAGAUGUCAUACUUCCCGUAUGGAAUCAUGCUCUUUUUCCUGGUUGUAAUCCUGGAUUCAUAAAUAAAGUUGUGACACUUCUUAACCACAUGUACAGUGGUGUUAGUGAUGUGAAGUGUGGGUCUGGCAGUGCCACCAAUCAGAGGCUUGGUGCUGCACCACCUCGUAAUGAAGCGACUAUUGCAACCAUUAUGGAGAUGGGUUUUACAAGGAGAAGGGCAGAGCAAGCAUUGGCAAGUGCAGAAGGGAAUAGUGUCGACAUGGCUAUGGAAUGGUUGUUUAGUCAUGCCGAAGAUCAUUUGCAGGAGGAGGAGGAUGAUGAAAUGGCAGAAGCACUUGCUUUAUCUCUUGGAAGCUCAUCUGAGACUGCUAAAUCCAAUAAUACUGAAACUUCAGGUGAUUCCCAAGCAGGCCUGGUGGAAGCAAAAGCACCAGCUAUUGAUGACAUUCUUGCUACUACCAUGAAGUUGAUUCAAAGUAGUGAUUGUACUGCUUUCCUUUUCACGGAUUUAUUUCUCACCCUUUGCAACAGGGAUAAAGGAGAAGAUCGACAAAAAGUGAUUUCAUAUCUAAUUCGACAGAUGAAGCUCUAUCCGCUUGAGACUUCAAAGGAGGUAACCGUACUCUGUACAAUAUCGCACACACUGGCUUUACUUCUUACUGAAGAUGUUAGCACACGAGAAAUCGCUGCAGAAAAUGGCAUUGUCUCUGUAGCAAUUGAUAUUUUGAUGGACUUUAAUUCAAGGAAUUCAUCCCGACAAGAGCUUCCAGUGCCAAAAUGUAUCAGUGCUUUGCUUCUAAUUUUGGUUAGUUUGUCGCAAUUGAGUCCCAAAAUGAUUUCUGAUAGAAUUAAAGGAAUAGCUCCAUCAGAAGAUGCUGAAAAGAAUCUUACUAAGAUAUAUGAAAAAUCUAUCGGCUAUCUGACUAUUGAGGAGGGUAAACUAGUAAAUGGUGGUGUGCCUGCUCUUUUUAGCAUACCAAGAACUUGCUUCUUCAUUUCAUAUGAUAGUGUGACAUCUGCUAUUAUUCAACACCUCAUAGAAGAUCCACAGACACUACAAACAACAAUGGAGUUAGAGAUUCGACAAACCCUGAGUGCCAUCAAAAAUCCUGGUCAUAUUCUGUCAUCAUUUUUGAAAUCAAUUGCUCCUUUAAUUUCUAGAGAUCCUGAGAUCUUUAUGAAAGCGGCUUUCACAGUUUGUCAGUUAGAGACUUCCGGUGGGAAAUCUUAUAUUUCAUUACGUAAAGAAAGAGAGAAAGAAAAAGACAAACUGAAGGUACCCAGUGUUGAAAUUGGAGUAUCCAAAUGCCAGAAGAAGAUUCCUGAUAGUGUUACUGAAGUCAUCCAUCAUAUGAUUGAAAUCCUAAUGAAAAGUCCUUUAUUAACUUCAGAGAAAUGCACGAAGUCUGCAAAUGCAAUGGAGGUUGACGAGUCUGCUACUAGUAAGGGUAAAAUAAAGGUUGAUGAGACUAGACUAGAAGAAUCAGAGAAUCUUCUAGAAAGAUCCACAGAGACAGUUAAGACGACUUUUGUCCUCAAGUUGCUGAGUGAUAUUCUGUUAAUGUCUACACCUGCGGUCGGAAUAGUUCUGAAACGAGAUCUCGAUAUGUGUCAGUUUUGUGGAUCUAAUGGGGUUGUUCAUCACGUUGUGCGUCAGCUUCUCCACCCACCUGUAGAUAAUAAAAUUGAAUCUGAUGUACCAAGAACAACUUUAUCGAAAAAUGCAUCUCGGUUUUUGGUAGUAUUGUGUGGCCGUUCUAGUGAAGGGCGUCGACGUGUUAUAAGUGAGCUUGUUAAAGUCUUAUGUACAUUUUCAGACUCUGCUAACAAUUCCUCAAAGGGCAGGGUAUUCCCUGACAAAAAGGUUUUUGCUUUUGUUGAUCAAGUGCAUUCCAUUUUUUCAAAAAGUUCAUCAUCCGGCAACUUAGUGGGUUCUGCAGAUAUAACUAAAGCGAUGAUUGAUGGAGGAAUGAUUCCAUGUCUUUCCACCAUUCUGCAGGUGCUGGAUCUUGAUCAUCCAGAGGCUCCCAAAGUUGUAAAUAUCAUUCUUAAAGUUUUGGAAGGCUUAAUAAGUGCUGCCAAUGCAUCAGAGCUAAGCUCCUUGUCUAAUGAGAAAAAAUCUGUUACUGAUAAUCAGAAAGGUGAAACUAAUCAAAAUGGUCAACAUGAGGUUACAGGUACCAACACUUCACAGCAACCUCCUGAACAAACAUCUGAUGGAGAAAGGGAUCAUAUUUCAAAUUUGAAUCAUCCGACAGUACGUGAAAUGAGACCCGAUAUGGAGUAUAUCGACAGUAGUGUUGUGUUACAGACUUCAGAACACUCUGAAAUGAAUUUCCAUGUGGGCGACAGGGGUGGCAAUAAUACUGGUGAUGAAGAUGAUAACAUGGGAGAUGAUGACAUGGGCAAUGAUGAUGAGGAUGAUGAUGAUGUUGACGGUGAUGAUGAGGACGAAGAUAUCGCAGAGGAUGGUCGUGCUUUGAUGUCCCCAGCUGAUACAGAUGGGGAAGAUCAUGAUGCAUAUAAUGUUGAUAUGGUUGAUGACUUCCAUGAAAAUCGUUCCAUUGAGAUGAGAUGGAGAGAGGCUAUUGUACUUGGGCAACCAAGAGGUGAUAGUGGACUUAUGGACAUGAUUGGUGGGCCCUUUCAAGGGGUGAGUCUUCAUGACCUUUCUGGUGUCAGAAGACUGGCAUUGGAACACUAUAUUCAGCCGAAUAGAACAUCAGAAUCUGGUACUGAGGCGAACGGUCUUCGACAUCCUCUUUUAUUAAGGCCAUCACAAUCACAAUCAAGUGAUAUCAGGCCAUCAGGUGGCAACUCUGAUGUGGCUCGAUAUAAUAUGUUUGAUGCUCAGGUUAUUCCCUUUGACCAUGUACGGUCUUCUGGUGUUGCACCGGCAUCAUUGGGUGUUUUUCCUGUUGGUCUACAGAGUACGUAUGCACCAGAAAGAAGAGGAAUAGGUAAUAGCCAGUGGGAUGAUGGUCAGCCACAAGAAGCAGACGCUGAUGUUAUAGCAAGGACUGUAGAAGACUCUUUUAUCGCUCAUUUACACAGUAAUACUCCAGAUAUUCCGCCACCUGAUGAUAAUCAACCGGAUGGCAACCCACAGCCAAAUGAAGGUGAUCAUGGUGAGAUUGAUCAGAAUACUACACAGUUAGAGCCGAAUCAAAUGGCGGAAGACUUUAUGAAUCUAGAACAAGCUCAUUAUGGUGUGGCUGGUGAACAAACUGGAGAAGAUCUACAAGCACCUGAGCCCAUCCUUGAUACUGUGGAUGCAUUAUCAAAUAGUCAAGAUAACAUGGAAAUUGGUGAAGGAAGUGGAAGCGUCAAUGACCAGGAAGUGCGGCAGGAUAGGAUGUCAGCAACUGACAAUGAGACAAGUAAUCAUGAUUUGGUAAAUGAGGGUGAUAAUGUGCCCAAUUUGGGUGAUUAUCAGGCACCAGUUGUUGAAAAUGCUGACGUCGAUAUGAAUGUUGCUGAUACUGAAGCAAAUGAAAAUGGGGAUCCUCUGCCUUUUAUGGAGGUGGAGUCAUCAUCUGAACAGAACGCUCAGGAUGGACAGGAUAACACUCAAACUGCUCAGUUUGAAGAAACUGGUCCAACUAUUUUAGCCCCUAAUGCAAACGGUAUAGAUCCGACUUUCUUGGAGGCUCUACCUGAAGAUUUGAGGGCAGAAGUUUUAGCUUCACAACAAGCUCAGUCUACCCCGGUUGCAAAUGGUCCAUCUGAUGUUUCUGAGGAUAUUGAUCCUGAAUUUUUAGCAGCUCUUCCUCCCGAUAUCCAAGCAGAAGUUCUAUCCCAGCAGCGUGCACAAAGGAUUGCACGACAAGCUGAAGGGCAACCUGUUGAUAUGGACAAUGCUUCGAUUAUUGCUACUCUUCCAGCUGACUUGCGUCACGAGGUUCUUCUUACAUCGUCAGAAUCAGUUAUUUCAGCAUUGCCCUCUCAAAUGAUAGCUGAAGCGCAAAUGCUCAGGGAUAGAUUUAUGAGUAACUAUCAAGCUCGUAGCUCGCACAUACUCAAUAACCAGAGGAAUGGCUCUGGAUUUGACAGACAGAUGGCAAUUAAUAGGGGUAUUGGCGUUUCAAUAGGACACAGGGCAUCUUCUACAAUUGCAAAAAGCUUCACAGUUAGAGAAAUUGAUGGGGAAGCACUUUUAGAUACUGAUGCACUAAAAGCAUUACUCAGGCUAUUACGACUAACACAGCCUCUUGAGAAAGGACUUUUGCAGAGGCUCUUGUUGAAAAUAUCUGCCCAUGCUUCUACUAGGGGGGUCCUUGUAUAUCUGCUACUCGACAUGAUCAAGUCAGAAACUGAAGGCCCAGUAGGAAGGUUGACUAGAAUAAAUUCCCAGCGACUUUAUGGGUGUCGGUACAAUGUUGUUUAUGGCCGAUCUCAACUUGUAGAUGGUCUUCCUCCUCUAGUAUUGACUCGGAUCCUUGAAGUUUUGACUUACUUGGCCACAAAUCAUUCACGUAUUGCUGAUAACUUGUUUUACUUUGACUCCUCACACAUUCUUAAAAAUAAUAAAGGGAAGAAGGAAAAGGUUAUUGAAGCAGAAGAAAUGCUACCUCCUGAAUUGUCAAUGGAAUACGAUGUUCCAAUUUUAUUGUUCACAAAGCUCUUGAAUCAUCGCAGUAUUGCCCAUCUAGAGAAGGUCUUGGGUCUGUUUCAAGUGAUUGUACACAAUGCAGCCUCGAAGUUAGAUAUUCAACAUGCAGUGACCAGUUCCCAAAAUCUUCCCUCUGAUGAAGCUACCGCUCAUGCUCAGAGAGACCCUUCUUUAGCCGGACAGGAUCCAGGUUCAGACAGCAAAAACUUCAGUGAUGGAUUAUCUACGUCAACUGAUCAGAAAGAUGUUAAGAUGUAUGAUAUCUUCAUAAAGCUACCACAGACUGAUCUACAUCAUCUUUGUACCUUGCUUGGCCACGAGGGGCUUUCAGAUAAAGUUUACACACUCACUGGGGAAAUACUGAAAAAGUUGGCAUCUAUUGCCCCCAUGCAUAGGAAAUUUUUUAUAGUAGAGCUUUCAGAUUUAGCUCUUAGUCUUAGCAGUUCAGCUAUACAUGAACUUGGCACACUUAGAAAUACACAAAUUCUGGGUCAUAGCACUGGAUCCAUGGCUGGGGCUUCAGUUCUAAGAACAUUGCAGGCACUUAACUCUCUCACAGAACUUGGUAAUACUGAAACUAAUGAUGUGAAUUGUGACGAGGAUCAAGUUCAUGCCACAAUAUGCAAAUUAAACAUUUCACUUGAGCCCUUAUGGCAAGAAUUGAGUGAGUGUAUAAGUGUCAUUGAAUCGCAUCUGGGUCAGGGCUCGUCGUCCUCAAGUCUGGUGAACGGGGAUGUAGGCGAUCCUCCCCUUCCUCCAGAAACUCAGAGACUAAUGCCUUUUGUUGAGGCUCUGUUAGUUUUAUAUGAGAAGAUUCAAGUAAACAGCUCCCAUAUACAAGAAGAUGAUGUUUGUGCAACAGCAAGUGAAGUCAAACAGUUAUCGAAAAGUUCGCCCCCAGUUCAAGCAACUGAUGGUGCCGUGACAAUUACCAGGUUUGCUGAGAAGCAUCGUCGGCUUCUAAAUGCUUUUAUCAGACGAGAUCCCACUUUGUUGGAGAAGUCACUUUCCAUGCUACUAAAAGCACCAAGGUUAUUGGACUUUGAUAACAAGCGGGCAUAUUUCCGUUCUAGAAUUAGCGAGCAACAUCUAGGGGGUUCACUGCACAUAAGUGUUCGGCGGGCGUAUCUUUUAGAAGAUUCAUAUCAUCGGCUGCGGAUACGAUCCCUGCAGGAUAUGAAAGGCCGGUUAAAUGUCCGUUUUCAAGGUGAAGAGGGUAUUGAUGCUGGUGGUUUGACAAGAGAGUGGUAUCAGGUCUUGUCAAGGGUAAUCUUUGAUAAAGGGGCUUUGCUUUUUACUACUGGUGGAAACAAUGCGACAUUUCAGCCAAAUCCUAAUUCAGUUUAUCAGACCGAGCAUCUUUCUUACUUCAAAUUCAUUGGCCGUGUGGUUGCUAAAGCUCUGUUUGAUGGGCAAUUUUUGGAUGUAUACUUCACCCGAUCCUUUUAUAAGCACAUUCUUGGAGUGAAGGUUACAUAUCAUGACAUAGAGGCUGUUGACCCUGAUUACUAUAAGAACCUGAAGUGGAUGUUGGAGAAUGAUGUGAGUGACAUACCAGAUCUCACAUUUAGCAUGGAUGCGGAUGAAGAGAAGCACAUCCUCUACGGGAAAACACAGGUGAGUGAUUAUGAGCUCAAACCGGGUGGAGGAAAUAUAAGGGUGACAGAAGAAACAAAACACGAGUACGUGGAUCUUGUUGCAGAUCAUAUACUGACAAAUGCAAUACGUCCUCAAAUCAAUUCCUUCUUAGAGGGAUUCAGCGAAUUGAUACCCAGAGAACUUAUUUCCAUUUUUAAUGAUAAAGAACUUGAGCUUCUCAUCAGCGGGCUUCCAGAAAUCGAUUUGGGAGAUCUUAAGGCCAACACUGAUUAUAGCGGCUACACGGCAUCUUCUAGAUUAAUUACGUGGUUUUGGGAGGUUGUUAAUGCAUUCAACAAGGAAGAUAGAGCAAGAAUGCUUCAGUUUGUGACUGGUACAUCAAAGGUUCCAUUGGAGGGUUUCAAGGCGUUGCAAGGUAUAUCGGGGCCGCAAAGGUUUCAGAUUCACAAAGCUUAUGGAACCCCAGAGAGGCUUCCUUCGGCUCAUACCUGCUUCAACCAGUUAGAUCUGCCUGAAUACACAUCUAAAGAACAGCUCCAAGAACGGCUUCUGCUAGCGAUUCAUGAAGCCAGUGAAGGUUUUGGGUUUGGAUAGUGAUGUCACGAUGUUACCUGACGCGGUCUUUUUGUUGGAUUUUUUUAGCCCGCUUGUGAGGAUAACAGUGUAUAGUAAUAUAUCUGUUGGGUAGACAUUAUUCACUGUAAAUACUAGGUUAUUGAUUUAUUGGCAUUGCAACAUUACAUGGUGCGCGCACAGUUCAUUCAUUAGAUUUUCAUCACUGUAGUCACAUCCAAUCGCGUCAAAAACGUCGUAAGAUGUAGACCGCCAUCACUUGUGUAGUAUUAUGUAAAGUGGCAGA